AUGUCAGUAGGCAGUUUUUAUCUUGCAGCUUUUAACAAUGUUGUUAAAUCAUUAACUGAUGCUAGUGCUCAUGUAGUAUCAGCUGCUGGUAACAAUGCUACUGAUGCUUGUUUCGUAUCACCUGCCUCUGCUCCUGAAGCCAUAAUGGUUGGUGCUCUUGAAGAAAAAACAGAUGUUCUCGCUAAAUACUCAAAUGUUGGAAAUUCAGCUCCACAUGUCUCAGGUGCAAUUACUUUAAUCAUUGCUAAAGAAGAUAAUAGUUAA